UCAAACCAAAAAUGUGGAAGAAAGAAAACAGUGUCCUUCAGCAGCAUGCCAUCAGAGAAGAAAAUAAGCAGUGCCAGCGACUGUAUCAGCUUUAUGCAGGCUGGGUGUGAAUUGAAGAAAGUUCGUCCAAAUUCCCGGAUUUAUAACCGUUUUUUUACUCUGGAUUCUGAUCUGCAGGCUCUUCGUUGGGAGCCUUCCAAAAAGGACCUUGAGAAAGCCAAGCUUGAUAUUUCUGCUAUAAAAGAAAUCAGACUAGGGAAGAACACAGAAACCUUCAGGAAUAAUGGACUUGCAGACCAGAUUUCUGAGGACUGUGCACUGUCAGUAAUUCAUGGUGAGAACUACGAGUCCCUUGACUUGGUCGCCAAUUCAGCUGAUGUGGCCAAUAUUUGGGUAUCAGGAUUAAGGUACUUGGUGUCUCGUAGCAAACAACCCUUGGAUUUGAUGGAAAGCAGCCAUAAUACCCCACGAUUUGCCUGGCUAAAAUCUGUAUUUGAAGCAGCAGAUGUUGAUGGUAAUGGCAUACUGUUAGAAGACACAUCUGUGGAGCUAAUAAAGAAACUUAACCCCACCUUAAAGGAAUCAAAGAUUAGGUUAAAAUUUAAGGAAAUACAGAAGAGCAAAGAGAAACUGACAACACGAGUAACAAAAGAGGAAUUUUGUGAAGCAUUCAGUGAACUUUGCACAAGGCCUGAAGUUUAUUUCUUGCUUGUGCAAAUAUCUAAAAACAAAGAAUAUCUAGAUGCCAAUGACCUCAUGCUGUUCUUAGAGGCUGAGCAAGGAGUGACCCACAUAACAGAAGAAAUGUGUCUAGAUAUUAUACGCAGGUAUGAGCUUUCUGAAGAAGGGCGGUUGAAAGGUUUUCUUGCAAUCGAUGGAUUUACUCAAUACUUGUUGUCCCCAGAAUGUGAUAUUUUUGACCCAGAGCAUAAAAAAAUUGUACAAGACAUGACACAGCCUUUGUCACAUUACUACAUCAAUGCAUCCCACAAUACGUAUCUAAUAGAAGACCAGCUGAGAGGACCAGCUGAUAUCAAUGGUUAUGUCAGAGCUUUAAAGAUGAGUUGUCGGAGUAUUGAACUAGAUGUCUGUGACGGCCCAGACAAUGAACCCAUUAUUUGCAACCGUAACAACAUGACAUCACCACUUGCCUUUCGAAAUGUUAUUGAGGUGAUAAACAAAUUGGCCUUCUUUGCUUCAGAAUACCCUCUUAUUCUUUGCUUGGGGAACCACUGCUCAGUACAACAGCAGAAGGUAGUGGUGCAACACAUGAAAAGGAUCUUUGGAAACAAACUCUACACAGAGGCACCUUUAUCCUCAGACGUCUACCUCCCAUCACCUGAGAAACUGAAAAUGAAGAUCAUUGUGAAGGGGAAGAAGCUGCCCUGUGACCAGGAUAUAUUAGAAGGAGAAGUCACAGAUGAAGAUGAAGAGGCUGAAAUAUCUCGGAGACUGUCAGAGGACUGCUCAAGGGAGCCAAAGCUGAUCUGGCUCUGCAGGGAAUUGUCCGACUUGGUGUCCCUAUGCAAAUCUGUUCAAUACAAAGGCUUUGAGACAUCCAUGAAAGCUCAAAAUUAUUGGGAAAUGUGCUCCUUCAGUGAGGCAGAGGCCAGUCGGAUUGCAAAUGAAUACCCUGAAGAUUUUGUCAACUACAACAAGAGAUUUCUGUCCAGGGUGUACCCAAGUGCUAUGAGGAUAGACUCCAGUAACUUGAAUCCUCAAGAUUUUUGGAAUUGUGGUUGCCAGAUAGUGGCAAUGAACUAUCAGACCCCAGGCCCCAUGAUGGACCUACACACUGGCUGGUUUCUACAGAAUGGGGGAUGCGGGUACGUUCUCAGGCCUUCAGUGAUGCGUGAUGAAGUGUCUUACUUCAGUGCAAAUACCAAGGGCAUUGUUCCGGGGGUCUCUCCCCAAGUUCUACAUGUCAAAAUUAUCAGUGGUCAGAACUUUCCAAAGCCCAAGGGUGCAUGUGCAAAAGGGGACGUCAUAGACCCCUAUGUCUGCAUAGAAAUACACGGGAUUCCUGCAGACUGCACAGAACAAAGAACUAAAACUGUUCAGCAAAACAGUGAUAACCCCAUUUUUGAUGAAAGCUUUGAGUUUCAGAUCAAUCUCCCAGAGCUGGCCAUGAUCCGUUUUGUUGUUUUGGAUGAUGACUACAUUGGGGACGAGUUCAUAGGGCAGUACACCAUUCCACUGGAGUGCUUACAGCCCGGAUACAGGCACAUACCUCUGCGAUCUUUUGUUGGUGAUAUCAUGGAGCACGUUACCCUCUUUGUUCACAUUGCAAUAACCAACCGGAGUGGAGGUGGGAAGGCCCAAAAGCGCAGCCUCUCAGUGAGGAUAGGAAAGAAGGCAAGGGAGUACACCAUGCUGAGGAACACUGGUCUGAAGACUAUUGAUGACAUCUUUAAAAUGGCAGUGCAUCCUCUGCGAGAUGCUACAGACAUGAGAGAAAAUAUGCAGAAUGCCAUGGUGUCUGUGAAGGAGCUGUGUGGGCUGCCACCCAUUGCGAGCCUGAAGCAGUGCAUCCUGACCCUGUCCUCGCGGCUGGUGAGCAGCGACAACGCGCCCUCCGUUGCCCUCUGCAUGAAGGAUGCCUUUCCUUAUCUGGAGCCCCUGGGGACUGUGCCUGAUGUGCAGAAGAAGGUUCUGGCAGCGUACGACCUGAUGAUUCAAGAGAGCAGGGUCCUCAUUGAGACAGCAGACAUCACUCAUGACAAGAUUGUUCAGUGCCAGAAAGCAGGAAUGGAAUUCCACGAAGAGCUUCAUAACCUCGGGACAAAGGAAGGUUUGAAAGGAAGAAAAUUAAGCAAAGCCAUUGAGAGUUUUGCAUGGAAUAUCACAGUGCUGAAGGGCCAAGGAGAUCUCCUGAAGAAUGCCAAGAAUGAAGCUCUGGAGAACAUGAAGCAGAUCCAGCUGGCGUGCCUGUCGUGUGGACUGAGCAAAGCUGGAAGUGGGCACACGGAUGCCAAGUCAAAACGGUGCCUGGAGGCAAUCCAGGAGAAGGACACUGGAGAUGAGAACGGAAGGCUGUGA